ACCAUGUCUACUGUUUUCCAGUCUGCCGCCUCGUACCUUUCAAAAGCUCCCAGCGCUUCCAACGUGUCCAACGACAUCAAGCUAGAGCUGUACGGGCUAUUCAAGUACGUGACAGUCUCGCAAAGCCCGAACACGUCUCGACCAUCCCUCUUUGACUUCACCGGGCGCGCCAAAUGGGACGCGUGGAGUCAAACUGGCAAGAAAUACGGAGACCGCAAGGAGGAAGCUGAAAAGAGAUACAUCGAGAUAGCUCGCUCUUUAGGUUGGAAUGAAGAUGCGUCAACCAGCGCGGCGCAGGACAAAGCUCGAAGUAAAGGAAGCGACGUCGAUGUAGACGAUAUAGAUUGGGAUGUGAGUGAUGAAGAGGAUGAUAGUGCAAGAGGAAAAUCGGGGAUGGGGGCGGUGGUCAGUACCGCAGGGCCACCUGCCAUUGAUGGAGAACAGUCAAAUACUAUCCAUGCCUUCGCACUCGCCGGAGACACGGAAAAGCUCCAACAGUUUCUGAGCACUCGUCCUAACCUUGACGUGGAUGAACCAGAUGAGUUUGGAUACACAGCGCUUCAGCUAGCGUGUGAUCGGGGCAACUUGGCAAUGGUAAAGGUCUUGCUUGACCAAGGCGCCGAUCCGACAUUAAAGGAUCCUGAUGACAUGGUCCCAAUGGAACUAGCAAAGAUCGCCGGUCAUGAGGAUAUCGUGAAGUUGCUGGAAGAG